UUUUUCAAAAUUGAAUAUUUUUUGUAAAUUUAAUAGUGUCUAUUAUUGACAAGUUUUUUAAUCAUAGUGGAAUACAUUGUAUCAUUCUACUGGUAUUUCCCUUAUUAGCUCUUGAAACUUAUAAAUUUUAACAACAAUUUUGCUAAAAAACUGUUAAGAUUUUUUAUUAGGUGAUUUAUUGUUUGUAGUAAAUGAAUCAUAUUUCGUGUCUUAUUUAAGAGGCUGGUGCAUAGGUGAAACAAAAAGGGUAGCUAUCAUUAGAAAAAUAAGAAUUGGAGAAAGUGUUUGGGACAAGACAAGAGUACGUACAACUGUGAUAAUGAGAUGAUUAGUUUCUAAAAUUUCUUAGUUUAACAACACUCUAAUAAGGUACUAAAUAAACACUUUAAUAUAUGAAAAUGAACGCCAACGCCUGACUUUCAUGGGAGAUGAUGCUAAAUUGCCAAUUUCAAAAACAGAUAGCUAUGACACUCCUUAGCUCCUACCAAAUCCAGUCUUUGGCUCCCUCCCCACUUCAAUGUCUCUCAUUUUGUCACCAACCAAACAACCCCAAACCAUGUCUCCCACUCAAAACAAUGCCAAAACCAAUUCAUUUCAGCUUGUUAAUAGCCAAAUCCCACCAACACCACCACUCCAAUCCUCAAACCAAAUCACAAGACGAUGACAUUCCCAUUGAUGACGUGAAAACCAUUGUUAGAUUCAAGUCCAGGUACAACUACAUUCGGGUUCUGGAAGUUUCUCGAAAAGCUGACCACCCUUUUGCCGGUUCAAGGCUCCUCCUUUUAGAUGCCCCUGGAAACAUUCACAGCAUCUCUUUCCGUUCCAAGCUACUAACCCAAACAUAUUUCGAUGUUUUCGCUACCUUGCCGCCAAUUCUGCCCCCGGGACCCAUUGGAAUUCUUGGAUUCGGGGCGGGAUCAGCAGCAAGUUUGAUUCUCAAACUGUAUCCAGAAGUUGUGAUUCGUGGUUGGGAGCUUGACCCAUCUGUGAUUUCAGUGGGAAGAGAGUAUUUUGGGGUUUCAAAGCUAGAGAAAGAGUAUCAAGAUAGGCUUUUUAUCUACAUUGGAGAUGCAUUGAAAGCUAGUACUAGAGAUGGGUUUUCUGGGAUUUUGGUUGAUUUGUUUUCGAAAGGUAGUGUAAUCCCUGAGCUUCAAGAUCCAAACACUUGGGUAAUGCUCAGAAAGUGUUUGAGAAAAGGUGGGAGAGUAAUGGUGAAUGUUGGAGGUAGCUGUGUUGAGGCUGAGGAUUCUGGUAGAGAUGGGAAAGUAGUGAUGGAGGAAACAUUAAAGGCUAUGAGUGAUGUUUUUGGUGGAAAGGUUUUGGUUUUGAGCCUUGGGAAUAGAGAUGAAGAUAGUUCUCUUGCUCUUACUGGUCCUAUGCCUGAUCUUGAUUCAUGGAAGAAGAUGCUUCCUCGUUCUUUGAUGGGUUAUGUUGAUAUGUGGAUACCAUUUACCAGCUAGGACAGGAUGGUACUUCUGCAUUCAGCUUCAGCCCUUACGAUAAUCAGAUGAGUUCAUUUAUUAUGAACCAGCAAAAAUACAUACAAACUGGCAAGAUGAACUAACAAAAAUACAUUCAAACUGGCAAGAUAGGAAGCUUUUGACGAGUCGAUGGUCAUCGCCGCCUACCAAAAAUAGGCGGUCGGGUGCUGCGACUCGUCUAGUUGCUUAGAUGUCUAAAAUGAAAGUUUAAGUUUAGGAAUGAUGUUUCUCUUCUCUAAUACACAUUAGUGUAAUUCCAUAUUAUGAGUAUAUUCUUCUUCAAAUGCUAGUAGCUAAAGUACUUUGUUGACUAUUUCAGGUUUUUUU